AUGCACGUUAACGCCCGGGGGUCGGAUCUCUCGCGCGAAGCGAGGCGCGCGAAACUUGGCCGUGUAUGCGGCCGCGCGGCGGUCGACGUGACGAAUCAGGAUAUAACUUGUCGUGACGAGUCAGCGUUCCCCGGUUCUCCCUGUCCCGUCAAAUCGCGGCGCGCAACCGUAAUUCCCGACGCCGGUAACAAUUUGAUUCAGGAUCGAUCGACGGCCGGAGAGCGGCGCACGAAGGUGGUGAACGUCGAAGAGGAAAGAGGACGACGAGGAGGAGUCGAUCCGCCGUCGAAGGUAAAGCGAGGUGGAACCGGCUGA